CAUUUCUUUUCUCUCAACCUGUCAAACACCAUCAUUUGCAACCUUUUCACCCCCAUCUUCUCAUUUUCCCUCCUCUGUGUUUCAUGUGAGAAAAUGGAUCCCCUUCGCCUCCCUGGGUCUUUCUUCAUCAUCAUCAUCAUCAUCAUCAUCACCUUCGUUUUGACCCAUGCUCCUAAAUUUGCAUCCUCUGUUGAUGAACGUUAUGCGAACUGCAACAGGACUUUCGCCUGUGGAAACAUUGAGAAUAUUGGCUAUCCUUUCUGGGGUUCAGGCAGGCCGGACUACUGUGGCUUCCCGGGGUUCCAGCUGAACUGCAGAGACUCAAUCCUGGAGAUCACAAUCAUGUCAGCAACAUACCACGUCCUUGGAAUCAACAACGAGUCCCGGUUUCUCAACGUGGCCAGAGCCGAUUGUCUAGAAGACCUCUGCCCCGCCUUCCUAAUCAACACCACUCUGAACCCUGACCUCUUUGAAUUUACUUCCGAUGCUCAGUUUAUAAACCUCUAUUAUCAUUGCCCCCCUCUUCCUCCUUCUCCUCCAACUCCUCCAACUCCAAUACCAAAGUGCUUCAGUCAUUUUACUUGUAAUGUAAACGAAACCACCUUCGGUGGCUAUUACCUCACCAGAAAUCUCAGUGAGUUGCCCGACCUGGCUCCUUUUGCGCCUCUAAUCAGUGAAUUCUUGGGUAGAUGCGGUGACAGGGUUGUUCUGGCCGCAAACCAAUCCGAAAUCCAGUCCGUGGGCGCGAGUCCAAGUCCGAGCCCGAGCCCGAGUCCGAGUCCGAGUCCGAGCGCGGAAAAUCUGGUUGAAGCUCUUGCAAAAGGAUUUGGGUUGCACUGGAAGGCAAAUAAUAGUUUGUGUGAUCGGUGCAGAGGCUCCGGUGGGCAAUGUGGGUAUGAUACGGGUUCGAAUAAAUUUUCUUGUUACUACACAGAUCGGCCCUAUGAUAACGUUCGUCUAACAGGAACCCGAUUUGGGUUCCUCAUGACGAGGAACCUAAAGCUGGGUUCCUCACAACGAGGAACCCGAUCUAGGUUCCACGAGGAACCCAAAUCUGGGUUCCACCACGAUGAGGAACCUAGAAUUGGGGUGGAACCCAGAUUUGGGUUCCAUCGUGAGGAACCUAGAGUUGGGUUCCUCGUCAUGGUGGAGCCUAGCUCUAGGUUCCACGAGGAACCCAAACCUCCAUUAGAACUUGGGUUCCUUGCGGAACCAAAGAGGAUGAUGAAGAGGACAGUGAAGAGGAGGGUGAAGAUGAUGUCGAGGAUGAGGAGAAAGAAGAAGUCAACAGUCAACUCACUUGCCCCUCCAAGCCCGCGAGCUUUCUUUUCUCAAAAUGCAACACCCAUUCCGACCCCCGCCUCUCCUAUCGCCUCCGCUAUGCUCCCUCUCGUCCUCCUCUUCCCACUCAUCGUCUUCCUUUCCGCCCAUGGAACGCAUUCCUCUACCCAAAACAACACUUCCGCCUUCCCCAACUGCGACCAGACUUUCUCAUGCGGGGGCCUCCAAAACCUCUCUUACCCAUUCACCGGCAGGCACGGUCGGUCAUACUGCGGCCCAUCGGAAUUCCGCAUCAACUGCACCGACAACGGAAUUCCCGAGUUAAUUCUGGACUCACUGACUCACAGGAUCAUCCAACUCGACCAAAACAAACAGAGCAUGACCCUUUCCCGCUCGGACCCGUACAACAACACAUAUACCCAUGAAUUCGCUAACACCAACCUGAGUUUCACUUUAUUCAAUCUCAGCCCAGACAACCAAAACCUCUCGCUGUUAUAUGAGUGUACUUCGGUCCAGGCGUAUAUCCCGGAGAACCUGUUCUUGUGCGGCGAUUGGACUUCUAGAAGCACCGCGUACCAUGUGUUGGGUCCAGGUCCAAGCGAUCCAAUAUUCAAGAUUAUUCGCUGUAACACCAGCGUAACCGCCCAUGUUGCAAGUUGCGGCGGAUAAACUUGCGACCAAUAGAUCUGCGCUCAAGGAAGCUUUAAUGGAGGGAUUUAGCGUGAAUUAUGCUACUCCAAAUGUGGACGAUUGCGCUAGGUGUCAUGAUUCGGGUAGUGAGUGCGGGUUUUUGGAUCAGUUUGUUUGCAUUUGCGGUGAUCCAAUUUGUGACGUACCAGGUAUUUGUUAACAAUACUGACUUUAGUAUCUAUUUGAUAAUGUUGGUUCUUUGCCUAAUUUCUAAUUUCCCCGUUAUCUCUGCAUUU